UGUAGACAACAUGGCCGAUGUCAAACGUAACGUUCGCGUCGAGGAGAGAUUGAGGAUUAAAAUUGGUGAGGCCAAAAACCUACCCGGCCGCAACCAAAAUGCAGCCAAUCUGCGAGAUAUUUUCUGCGUCCUCUCGCUUGAUCAGGAGGAAAUCUUUAGAACUUCAACAAUUGAAAAAACUCUCAAUCCCUUCUUCGGAGAGGAGUUCCAGUUCAGUGUGCCACGCAGGUUCCGCUACCUCUCUGUCUACGUGUACGACAGGGACAAGACGGACAAGGUAGUAGGCAAGGUGGCAAUCAAGCGAGAGGAUCUACAGACCUACCACAACAAGGACCAUUGGUUCCCCAUCAGACCAGUCAACCCCAAUACUGAAGUGCAGGGCAAGGCUCACCUAGAGGUAAAGUUUGAGGAGACGGUAGACGCUGGGGUUGAGCGACUCAGUGUGCGGCUGAGUGAAUGUAGCGACCUGACGCUCAGUAACGGCUGCUGCGACCCGUUCGCAACCAUUGCUGUGCACUUCACCAACGGACGGAUGGAGACACGGCGGACCAAAGUGCGCAAGAAAACAAACUGUCCUGUGUUUGACGAGACACUCACAUUCGAGCUGAACACCAACGACCCACGUCACAGCAUGGCGGAGUGGGCAGAGCUGGUAGUGACGUUGUAUCAUGACGCUCCAGGCAACAAUGUGUUCCUGGGGGAGGUGAGGGUGGCCCUCUCUGGUCUCCAGGCACAGACCCAUGCGACCAAUAACGCUUGGUAUUUCCUACAACCACACAAGGGUGUCUCCUACCUAGACGAGGGUCUACAGAGCUCCCUCAGACUCAAGAUAUACUACACUGUUGACCAUGUGUUCCCCAGUCACAAGUACAACGACCUGCGCAGGAUGAUAUUGCAGAGUCAUACAGUGCAGCCUGUGACAUCCAGUGCAUGUUACCUGCUGGGUGAGAUCAUCCCUUGUAAGGUAGAUGCUGCCCAACCCCUGGUCAGGAUACUGCUUCAUCAUGGUCAGAUAGUCCCCAUCAUGCGAACACUGGCCAAGUGGGAGAUAUCCAAAGUGACGGAUGCCAACACGAUAUUCCGAGGUAACACGUUAGUAUCCAAGAUGAUGGACGAAGUGAUGAGGUUGGCAGGCCUGCAUUAUCUGCACGACACGUUGAGGCCUGCUCUGGACCAGGUGUUUGCGGAGAAGAAACCUUGUGAGAUCGACCCCACCAGAGUGAAGGAUCCGGCUGUCAUUCAGACAAACAUGGAGAAUCUCAAGGAGUACGUACAGAGGAUAUUCCAAGCCAUCACCAGCUCUGCUCUGCGAUGUCCGACCCUCAUGUGCCAGAUGUUUCACGACCUGCGCCAGUUGGCCACCUCACACUUUCCUGAUAACAAGGAAGUUAGGUAUUCCGUUGUGUCGGGUUUCAUCUUCCUCAGAUUCUUUGCCCCGGCCAUCCUCGGUCCUAGACUGUUUGAUCUGACCACGGAGCAAAUUGACAGCCAGACGAACAGAACGCUCACGUUGAUCUCCAAGACAAUACAGUCACUGUGUAAUCUUGUGUCUGCCCGUACACCGAGAUGCAAUGAGGAGUACAUGACUUGUAUGUACCAGACCUUCUACACUGACACACACAUCACUGCAGUACGACAGUUUUUGGAAAUAAUAUCUGCCACGUCUAACCCCACUCAAAGGAAUCUAGACUCCGCGGUGGUUCUUAAAGAAGGGAUGCUCACCAAGCGAGCACAAGGCAGGAAAAGGUUUGGUAGAAAAAACUUCAAAGCACGCUAUUUUAGGCUGACAACGCAAGAUCUCACAUACUCAAAGCAUAAAGGCAAAGAACCUCUGUGCAACAUACCUUUGUCAGACAUCCUGGCUGUCGAGAGGGUUCAGGAGGAGUCUUUUAAGAAAAACAAUAUGUUCCAAAUCGUACAACCCCAGAGAGUGUUGUAUUUACAGGCCAGUAACUGUGUGGAAGAGAAGGAGUGGGUCGAUGUUCUGGCCAAGAUCUGCCGUACCAAUGAGCACAGACUGGACAAAUAUCACCCUGGUGCAUACGUGUCCGGACAUUGGAUAUGUUGUAAAGCAGUGUCAGAGACGGCUGACGGAUGUACACAAGUGUCGUCAAGUCUAGACCUACAGAUGAAUGUUGACACCGAGACAGAACUGGCCCGUCUCCACUCGCUCAUCAUCACUCACAUGGACAGGCUGGAGAGAGUAAUGCAGGAUUGUGAAUGUCAGGCAGUCUACACUGGAGACAUCUGCUUUCUCCCUCGGUCAGUCAUAGAAGAUGUGCAGUCAUCCUUCAAGACUCUGACCGCGUUGAGAGAGGCAGCUAUCGUGUUGGAGCAGGAGCACCGUGCGUACCUACGAGCUCUGGCGCGGGAGACUAAAUACGGCAGCAAGCAAGCGCCCAUAGGAGAUGACAAUUACCUCUUAUUAGCUGGACGAAUGUCAUGUCUAGACAACUCUGGUUUGUCUAGUCUACGACGACCCCCACUGCCAUGGUGAGUAAU